GACAGCCGAUCCCUGUGCCACUGCUAGCCCGGGGCCUUCCAUCUGUAGGUACAGUGUAUACCGCUAGUCCGAUCCACUGGCCGCGGGCGUGAUUUGGUCGAGUGUAGCGCUACGCUGCGCGAUAAUCUAUAAGUAACACAGUGGGCUCGAGGUGCACCGUGCAUUCCGUCAUGCAUCUCAACUGCUCCUGCGGAUUGAUAUCGGCCUCGCUUCCAUUGCUCACCCAAUCCAAGAUCGAACUCUACCCGGCCGCCCUCAAAACCCUCACCCUCACAAAGACGCUCCCGCAGACUGCUCGCCGUGAUAGAAGCUUUACAACCUAUAAAUUCUAUCCAGAACCGGUAAGCCACUUUGCUCAGUUCCCCACCGUCGAAUUCAAGCCCCCCGUGUCCGUCUCCGUGCGAGCUGGCAGCGACGAGUCGUCGCGGCGAAAGCGCGGACGAUUCGUCCUUCGCCCGCGCUCUUUCUUCCCAAUCACCGAGCAUUCCCCGCGGCUGUAUCCCUGCCCGCCCUGUCUAUCUCGCGCAAUCCACAGGCAGGUCACGGCCGGCUGUGGUGGGUGGCCAUUGGAAAUUCGCGCAUUGAAAGGGAAGGCCCUGCUGCUGUUGCCGUGCUCGCCGCUCCGCGUGGGUCAAGCUUUUUUUGUUUGUCGAGCACCGAGCUCUACGGGCCAUUAUUUUGUUUCUUGCUCGCGCCUGCCCCUGCUGCCCGUUUGUUUUCGUCGUUCUUCUCCCUCUUCCCCUUUCUCGUCCUCUAAUAUCCAAUCAAUCCCAAUUGGUCCCGCCCAAUUCUCAAUUCGUCUCUGCCAAGUCGUCUUGUGGUUGUCCGCACUCCUACUUCCUAUUUUCUCUCUUCCGUUUUACUCUACACGGCUUGUACAGGACCACUCUUGGCGCUCCGAAGCUUUACCUCGAAACUGACCACCCCAAGCCGCAUCAGUGGCGCUCAUCCUCUCUCGGCCCUGACUCUAUCUAAUCACUUCACCUACACCGCAUUACCUACCAAAAAGUAAGCAUUGCCUGACCUGUACUUCAAUUGAUUCAAUCGCUCGACGCCUCCUCUACUGCGCGAUUUUAAGAGAUCGGGAUACCCGUUCGGCCGUCUCGGAGCUCCCUGCGUAUCCGGAUGCUGCGGCGGUACCUUACC